AUGAGUUCAUUUGAUCAAGUCCGCAAUGUUGAAGAUCGACCGUCGCUGGAGUCUGGAUUAAACCAUUCUUUGAGGCUCGAGCUUGGAAGCGUCGACACCAUGAGCGGCAAGAUCGAUGCUCUGUAUAUCUACGACGAGCAAAACCAGCCUCUUGUCGAGCAGGUCUAUCGCUCUCGUCCGCCCUCCGCGGCAUCCAUCCGGCCCCUCUAUUUCGCCCAUCCGGCCCCGCGCCCGUCGCUGAUUUAUUUCCCCAAUACAUCGCCACCGGUCACGGUGUUUUCUAUCGUCCAGUCGAAUCUGCACUUCCUAGCUCUCUCCGAAACCGAUACAGAGCCCCUCCUCGUGCUCGAGUUCCUGCACCGCGUCGUCGAUAUACUGGAAGAGUUCGUUGGGGCGCCGUUAUUAUCCACUAAGGUUCAAGCAAAUUACGAUGUCGUUGCUCAGUUGCUCCAUGAGAUGUGCGAUGCUGGCAUUGUGUGCAAUACCGAGCUGAAUGCUCUCCAAGAGGUGGUGGAGAUGCCGGGGUGGAUGGGCAAGCUAUUAGGCAAUGUUGGUUUGCCUGGGUCAUCGACGCCAGUUUUAGGGCAACCCUCGGCGCUCAAAAGGCAGUCGUUAACAUCGUCCAGCGCAGCCCAAGGGCCUGCUAUCCCGUGGAGGCGGCCCAAUGUCCGACAUACAUCCAACGAACUCUACGUUGAUAUCGUAGAAUCUCUUACAGUCACAAUGGCUCCAUCUGGGCGCCUACUCUCAGCUCUGGUGUCGGGCACAGUGGCCUUUACGGCCAAAGUAUCCGGUGUUCCAGAUCUACUGCUCUCCCUCACGGCGCCAGGUGGGCAACAUGCGGUAGCGCGCAAGAUGGAAUUACCGGUAUUUCAUCCAUGCGUUCGACUGGCAAGGUGGCGAGAACGCCCAGGUGAAUUGAGCUUUGUUCCUCCAGACGGAAGAUUCAUCCUUGCAGGGUACGAGGUUGACCUGCUCCCACUGGACCCUGGUCUUGACGAACCGCCAAGUCAUAUGGAGAAGCUUUUCCUGCCAACUAUCGUCGAUAUUCGGAAAUCCCUCGGACCUGCUGGUGCCGAUUUCGAGGUCCGACUGACACUCAAUACAAACUUUCCGGGGCAACCUGUGGGAAGCCGAGCGGGCACUGGUCGAGGUGGUUCUGGGUCCUCGACGCCAUCAUUUCUGGGUGGCGGCAACAGUGGUAACUCUGCACCGGUACUCGAGGAUGUGGUCGUGACAGUUCCUAUCCCCCAAUCAGUGCGGAAUGUCACAGACAUGAAAGCCAGUCGGGGAGAGGCUCUUUUCACGCCCGGAAGGGGCGUGCUGGAAUGGAGAGUCCCAACCAAAGAUGCAGGAACCGUGUCCGGAACGGCUACUCUUCGAUGUACGGUGAUGGGACAUUCUUCUGGCGACCUCGAUGAUGACGAAGCGGAUGACCCAGAAGCCGAUGCGCAAGCUACUCUACUCCAAGGCUACUACGAUGACUCUGCCGCUGUCUCCUAUCAGCAAAACGCCGAACCUGAACUUAUGAAGCAAAAACCAAAGAAGAAAAAGAAGAAGGUCAAGAAGGUUAAAAAAUCCUCCUCAUCCCGCCGUUCCGCUACCAUAACAUCUCCCCCUGGGACAGACGUGAAUCUCGACGAAACACAAUUACCCACCUCAGAUUUAAAUCCCGGCCAGCUACUUGAACCCUCUACCUCCCAGCCACCGUCACAUCCACAAACACCAUCUCUCACACCACCUCCAAAACAACAGCCACAAGAUUCACCCUUCUCAAUCUUCCAUACCGCGCCACGCAAGACCAAAACCCAAAUCAACGCCAGUCUUAUGCCAAACUCUGCAUCCGUCUCAUUCUCAGUACGGGGCUGGCUUCCCUCUGGCAUUAAAGUGGAGAGCCUAAACAUCGACCAGCGCAGAAGUCGUGGGCUCGGAGAAGGGGUUAAACCAUAUAAGGGAGUUAAAUAUCUAUGUGUUAGUCGACAGGGCAUAGAAAGGAGAUGUUAG